AGGUCCGUGCUCAAAGUCGGAAAUGAAUCUGAGGAGGCGACCAUGAGGCUAACGGGUUCAAGCUGGAAACCUCAUGGCUACUGUCUGGCCCGGGCUGGCUUCGUGCUACUGGUAGGCAAUGACGCUGUUCGUGCUCUGCAUACACUGUUUCCUCGGUGCGCCAAUACUGACUGCUCAAAGCGACCGUAGACCAAGGCCGACUCGCUUAUGCGGCGUCCUGCGUAUUCAAAGGGAUCAUUACGUCAAGUAUCUAUAUCCAUCGUUGCCCGUUGCCUGUGUUCCGAGACUUGUCAACGCCACGUGUUGUCCACGGACUCAUAUGCCGACCUCUGUAGGUUUCCCCGGAAGCGAGCGGCGACUGCUAUUGUCCUACACGUCACUCUGUGCACCUCAUCCUGUCCUAGUUACUGACCGCUGACCAAAGGCACGGAAAAUUCCGCGACAACAUGUCGACUCAUUCGUAUUUUGUGUUGCUCCGCAAAUGGCUAGGUUCGACACAAACCCCUCC